AUGACUGAACUGAAGCUGGAACUGAAACAAGCUGCUCCCAACCUGUUCUCACUGGAUCCGUACUGUGCCCUGGAAGGCGGCCAUGACCCCUCCACACACACACAUUUGGAUGCGGUGGCGCUCGUGGUAAAGAAUCCGCCUGCCAAUGCAGGAGAUGCCAGAGACUCAAGCUCAGUUCCUGCGUUAGGAAGCUCUCCUGGAGGAGGAAAUGGCUACCCACUCCAGUAUUCUUUCCUGGAGAAUCCCAUGGACAGGGGAGUCUGGCAGGCUACAGUCCAUAGGCUCGCAAAGAGUUGGACACAACUAAGCGACUGA